AUGGCAUUUCUGAUAUAUUAUAGUGCACGCCACGCUGAACGCGAGACCCGUUUACGCGACAAGGCUAGCAGCAGCAUGAAACAGCAAGUUCAGGAAAUGAAAUAUGGUAGUGUCCUUUUGGUUGGAUGCCUUGUUCCCGGUCUGGUCUACUAUGGUGGGGAUCGCGUUCGACUCUCGGCAAUCGACUCUCGGCAAUCGACUCUCGGCAAUCGACUCUCGGCAAUCGACUCUCGGCAAUCGACUCUCAACAUCGACUCUCAAGGCUAG